AUGCUAGGUGCGAAAUAUGUGGCGAAAAGAUUCGUGUUCGACAACCAAUCUAUCUUGAAACUCAAAGCCAUCGCAAGGAGCGGAGGCUUCAAUUCCAAAAGGGAACCCUCUCGCGUGGAACUGGUCACAGCGCUCGUUUCCAUUGCUCUCUUGAAAAUUGCCAAGUUGAGAAAUGGCCAAUCCAAGCCGUUCCUCAUUUCACACACGUUGAACUUGCGCGGAAGGACAGAUCUCCUAUGGCACGAUAAUUUGGGCGGCAAUGUCUACACAAUGGUGAACGGGAAGUCCACAGCCGAGGUGACCGAGCUUGGGCUACAUGGCUUGGUGGGUUUGGUGCGAGAUGCAAUAACAACCUUGCUUGCUAAAUUACCAAAUGCGAUCGACGGGGAGGAUUUGGGCGACAUGGUGACGAACUCGGUGGGACAGUUUCAAGAGGAACUGCGAAAAGGCGACACCGACGUGCUCAUUUUCACCAGCUGGUGUCGGUUUCCGCUGUACCAAGUUAAUUUGGGUUGGGGUGAACCUGAGUUUGUGAGUAGCUUAUGCACUUCGUUUGACUCGGUCAUGUUGAUGGAUCACAAGAAAGGUGGUGAUUAUAAUGGAGUUGAGGCGUGGGUGAGCCUGACUGAAGAAGACAUGGAUCUUUUCCGUCAACAAGAUGACAUUUUAGAAUAUGCUUCCCAUAAGUAG